GUAUCACUAAGUUUCCCCUCUCCCCCUCCCCACUCUAAGUUUAGAAAGCUUUCUAAUGUGAUGGUUUGGAAUCUUCCAGACACGUUUUUCGUUUGUUUUCAGAUUCAUGGUAAUGACUUUGGCAGAACACUUUUGCCUUCGGAGGAUUCUUUCACAGAAGACAGAAGGCAGCUGCACCAUGGAACCAGCCAAUAAGUCCGAAAUAUCUCCAAACAGCUUCUUGCUGAUGGGCAUCCCAGGGCUAGAGCACUUGCACGUCUGGAUUGGGAUUCCCUUCUGCUCCAUGUAUGUGGUGGCUGUGGUGGGGAACGUGACCAUCCUGGCUGUGGUGAGGGCAGAGCGAAGUCUCCAGGAGCCCAUGUUGCUGUUCCUGUGCAUGCUCUCAGUGACUGACCUGGUGCUGUCCGCGUCGACGCUGCUGCGCAUGCUCUGUGUCUUCUGGCUGGGAGCCCACCACACUGCCUUUGAUGCUUGCCUGGCUCAAAUGUUCUUCAUCCACAGUUUUGCUGCCAUGGAAUCGGGCUUCUUUUUGGCCAUGGCUAUUGACCGGUACGUGACUAUCUGUGACCCACUGCAUCACGCCACAGUUCUCACCCACAGUCGCAUUGCCAAAAUGGGAGCUGCUGUGCUGGUGUGGGGAGUAGCCUUCUUUUCCCCACACCCCAUCCUGCUCAAGUCCCCCCCCCCACACUGGAGAACUCAAAUCAUAGCACACACCUACUGCGAGUUCAUGGCUGUGGUGAAGCUGGCGUGUGUGGACAUAGGAGCCACCAAGCGUUAUAGCCUCAGUGUAGCGUUUGUGAUUGGUUCCUGUGAUUGUCUCUUCAUGGCUUUUUCUUAUGCUCUAAUCCUCCGUGCAGUCUUUCGUCUUCCCUCCAGAGAAGCCUGUGUGAAAGCUCUGGGCACAUGUGGCUCCCAUGUCUGUGUCCUCGUUGUUUUCUACUCUACUGCUGGCUUCACUUUCCUGACUCAUCGAUUUGAACAUAAUGUGGCCCCCCAAGUUCACAUCUUCAUUGCAAAUAUGUACCCUGUGGUACCCGCCUUCCUGAACCCUAUUGUUGAUGGUAUUAAGACAAAGAAAAUUCGAGAGCAUGUUCUUAGUUCUCUAAGGGUAAAACUUUCCUGAUUAUACUGAAACUAUUUGCAAACAUAGUAACAGAUAAAGAAGGAAACAGAAUAAAUAAUUGAUCCCUUUAUCAUAUCUGACAUUAAAUUUUUUUUAGUGGAAAUCAGAUACUUCAUUAGAUCAUAUUGGGAAACAAUGAAUACAUGUUAUAUAAAUUCCCUUAUGUUAUGAAACUAACAGUUUUGAUAUUUGUUGUGUGCUCCUGAACUUAUUUGGAGUUUAAUGCACAUUGAGCAAAUCUCCAGGUCAUUGAUAGUACCAACUAUUUGCAGGGAAAUGGAUGGCAUUAGAGCAGAUUAUGCUAAGUGAAGCUAGCCAAUCCCUAAAAAAAAAAAAAUGCCAAAUG